AGUCGGAGCACGCUUCCUGUGCUUGUUGUCUUGAGAGGACCUCUUGGGGGUGGCUAAGAAAGUGGCUGAAAAGCAUUCAGCAUUCGUCGUCAGUCACAGGCAGUUGAGACCAGAGAGAGAGAAAGAGAGACGCAGGGAGAGACAAACAACUUUUAAUCUGUGCAGGGACUGCUGGUGUUGGACGUACCUGUUUGCCACAUACAGAAUCUCAUAAAAUGGAUGGCUGGAUAUUCUUGCUGGGCUUUCUGCGAGCUGCCUCUUGCUUGGACGCCUUCCAUUAUGUCAUUCAUGGAGAUAUGGUGAACUUUGAGGAUGCCAGAACAAACUGCCAACAUGAGGGAGUCCUGACCAGCCUAACCACUAAGGAAGAGGUCCUCGCGGUACAACAGGCUGUGUCACAGCACGUUGGGUCAAGUGGGGAAUACACUUACUGGAUAGGCCUGUUGAGACAGAAGUCUGUAUGUCUUGACCCCAAAGAGGACUUAAAGGGGUUCGAGUGGAUAGAUGGAGGCAAAGAUGUAGAGGAGAUCAAGUGGAAGAAACAACCUGAAUCCACGUGCACACAUGAUCGCUGUGCAUACGUUUCCAUCACCUAUGAUGGGACUUCAGUUGUGGACUGGGGAUUGAUGGAUGAUGGGUGUAAAUCAAAAACACAGUUUCACCCUUUUAUUUGUAAAGUCAAAGGUGAAAAAAAGAUUCCUGCAGCCAAAGACUGUACGAUACCCACUUUAAUGGGGAUACAUGACCACAUACACAAAAUGGGAAAUCCUUCCAAACUGGAUGUAAUCUGUAAAAAUACAAAAGCGUACAACCUAACUUGCUCCCCUGAAACUCUGGAAUGGACCGCAAUGGAUGGAAUCACAGUCGAUUUGUCGAAGAUAUGCAUUCCAUGCCAGGAAGGUCAUGAAAAGUCCCACUCAGGUCAAUGCGAGGAUAUCGAUGAAUGUGAAACAAAGCCGUGUGGACCCCAUGGCGACUGUGUCAACACAAAGGGGUCAUUUCACUGCAAGGGCUCAACACCACAACCACCCAAAGGUGCACUACCCACUGAUCCCCACGCUCACCCAGCCCCGACCACUACAGAGGGACCUCUUAUCACCCGUGCCCCGGACGUAACCGUCAACCCAGACAACAUGAUACUCAUUGACGUGACGGAGUCCACCCCGGAUUAUUCCCACAUCUACAUCCCCGUCAUCAUAGCCGUCCUGGCACUGCUACUUCUCCUGCUGGUCAUCUUGGCCAUAGUAGCGUGCUGUCGCAGGAGGAAGAGGGGGCGCUCAAAAAACCUGGCCGGGAAGAAGGCCUCUAAGGAAUCUAUGGCACUCAGGGACUCAAUGGAGAAGAUAAAUGAGAAAUGACCAGAUGGAAUGGAGAAACAUGGGUGAUAAUAUCCAACAGUGCGCUUCCUUAUGUGCUCUCAGCCCUGUCAGACUGCUUUACUGAGGCUGCAUAGUGGUCUUCAACUAAGUGACGUACUUAAGUCACUUGGACAACUGUUCACUGUCAUACAUGGCCUUAGGUGUAUGAAGGGCUGUUAUUUUGUAAUAUGGAUCAUGCUUUGGUUAAGGCUUUCUUGCACUUUUUGUUAUGAGUGGCUGCCGAAGAAUGUAAGUGCAGGGUUUGGUAGGGGUUAAAUAUACAGAAUGUUCACUGAUAAAAAACUUAAACCAUCAUGAAGUAAUGAGGUAAACGCAUCCUUCAAAUAUGUCCAUUUGUAACAUACAUAUUGUAAAGACAUGUUUGCAGAGUUGAUGUCACUAAACAUUUUUUUAAAUGAACAUAGUUUCUGCAGUGUUUAUUGUAGUCUAAUUGUUUUCUCUACUGUUCAUACAUGGGAAUACAAACAUGUGAAACCAUAGAACACUUAUAUCUGAAGCACUGUACAAAUAAAUUACAAAGCAAAUAAAAGGGAAAAUGAAAACA